CCUGUAAAGAGAGAGAGAGAGAGAGAGAGAGGAGGGGAGUUUGGGUGAAAGAGAGUGUGGGUGAGAGGGGGAGAGAUGGGGUGCAGAAGGAGCUGCAGACAAAAACAAGCUGUCCUCUAUCUGGUGAUAUAAUCUCAUUUGCAGAAGGAUACCUCAAGCUGGACAAUACUUCAACAACAGAGGCUGUUUCCCUCCCCGGCGAUCCCCCAUCCCAUCAUCAAAGUUAAACCCCCCCCCCCCAGCUGUUUCGACGAUGCAGUGCGACGAGCUCUCAGCCAGAGAGGAGUUCACCUACAGCCACAUGCCCACGCUGGAGAGGGGCGGUGGGACGCUGGGGAGACGGGGAGACGGGGGGGGAGGGGAGAGGACAGCGGACAGGGGGGAGCGGUACAGGCCCGAGCGGGACAGCUUCACGGUGGACGUGAGGGCCAGUGACCUGCAGCUGGCCCAGCCGGAGCCUCUCAAGCACCCCUGCUUCAGCUACAGGGCCUGGCUCUACAGUGUCCUCAUAGGGGGCAGUCUGCUCAUCACAUCUGGGUUCUCUCUGUACCUGGGAAACAUGUUUCCUGUUGCCAUGGACUACCUACGCUGUGCUGCAGGCUCUGGCCUCCCCGCUGCGAUUGUCAGUUUUGCCAUCGCCAAGAACAGACAUGUUGCGGUAUCGGAUUUCCAGGUGGUCUACGUGUCAACGUUUGCGGUGACGACCACGUGCCUGGUUUGGUUCGGAUGUAAACUGGUGGUGAACCCUUCUGCUGUCAAUAUCAACUUCAACCUCAUCCUGAUGAUUUUGCUGGAGGUGUUGAUGGCCAGUACUGUCAUCCUGUCGGCCCGCUCCGCAGAGGACUGCUGCUGCCACAGGAAGCCGGUGACCUAUGACAGAUCGGUGGUUGUCGCGCCCGCAGUGUUCCCAACUCGACUCCUGAAAGCCUAUUCUGUAAUAGAAGUAAUUGUGGGCAUUUCUGCUGUAUUUGGAGGAAUUAUUGCUCUCAACAUGGACGCCUUGCUACCCGGCCCCUACUUGUCCGUCACAUUUUUCUGGAUCCUUGUUGCUUGUUUUCCAAGUGCUAUUGCGAGUCACGUUGUGUCAGAAUACCCCAACAGAUGUCUGGUGGAGGUGUUGAUUGCCAUCAGCAGUGUGACGUCUCCCCUGCUCUUUUCAGCCUCUGGCUUCCUUUCUUCCAGUGUCAUCAACUUCAUAGAGAUUUUCUUGCAUGAUGUGCCCACGGCCAAGCAAUCCUACGACAUCCUGCUGCUGAUACUGAUGAUGCUGUUACUGGUGCAGGCAAUUCUAACUGCAGCCACUGUGGUGCACUGUGCCUCCUACAAGAGCCAGCUCCGCAUGGGGGCUCCAGAGUACGAUGACCGCAUGCAAACCCCGGCCCAUUACUACGAGGUGAAGCGGCAGCAAGCAGCCAGUGGAACGCUGCGGGAUUUCGACAAAGACCGAGCCUGGAAGGCAGUUGUGGUGCAAAUGGCCCAGUGAACAGAACACGGGGAAGUUUGUUGUCCAAGUGGAAAUAAAACAUUGGAAGAAAGAAGAAGCAAUUGCAAUGUGUCCGGAGAUUAAGAGAAAGAAAUAAAUAACACCAAAAAAAAGAAUGAAAGAGAGUUUUUAAAGAUUAUUAUUAUUUUCAUUAAUAUGAUAAUGCUUUAAACAUUUUACACAUUU